CGUUGCCACCCGUGCGGCUCUCCAUGGUGCGGCUCGCGCUGCCCCCCGCCGCCGCCGCCGCCGCCGAGGAGCCCGGCGAGGCGGCCGAGCGGAGCCGCGUCUGCUUCAACCUCGGCCGCGAGCUCUACUUCUACGGGGGCACCGGGCCCGGCGGGCGCGGGAGCCGGCGGUGCCUCGACCUCAACAAGCCCAUCGACAAGCGCAUCUACAAGGGGCACCCAGCCCACGUGCCACGACUUCAACCAGUUCACCGCCGCCUCCGACAGCAUCGGCCCUGCUCGUGGGCUUCUCGGCCGGGCAGGUCCAGUACCUCGACCUCGUCAAGAAGGACACGAGCAAGCUCUUUAACGAGGAGCGGCUCAUCGACAAGACGAAAGUCACCUUCCUCAAGUGGGAUCCCGGAGACGGAGAGCCUCUUCCUGGCCUCGCACGCCAGCGGCCACCUCUACCUGUACAACGUGGAGCACCCGUGCGGCUCGGCGCCGCCCCAGUACAGCCUGCUCAAGCAGGGCGAAGGCUUCAGCGUCUCUGCCUGCAAGAGCAAGAGCGCCCGCAACCCGCUGGUGAAGUGGGCGGUGGGCGAGGGCGCCCUCAACGAAUUCGCCUUCUCGCCCGACGGCCGCUACCUGGCCUGCGUCAGCCAGGACGGCUGCCUGCGCGUCUUCCACUUCGACUCCAUGCUGCUGCAGGGCAUGAUGAAGAGCUAUUUCGGGGGGUUGCUGUGCGUGUGCUGGAGCCCCGACGGGCGCUACGUGGUGACGGGCGGCGAGGACGACCUGGUGACCGUGUGGUCUUUCGCCGAGGGCCGCGUGGUGGCCCGCGGUCACGGCCACAAGUCGUGGGUCAACGCCGUGGCCUUCGACCCUUUCACGGGCGGCGUGGAGGACGAGGAGGCGGCGGCGGAGCUGAGCGGCAGCGACGACGAUGCCGCCGAGGCGCCGCCGCCGCGCUUCGGCCGGGUGCGAGCCAGCAGCACCCUCUCCCGCCUCUCCAAGCACAGCACCCGCAGCAGCCCCUCCGUCACCUACCGCUUCGGCUCGGCCGGCCAGGACACCCAGUUCUGCCUGUGGGACCUCACCGAGGACGUGCUCUACCCGCACCCGCCCCUCUCCCGAGCCCGCACCCUCACCAACACCUUCGGCGCCGGCCUGCCCGCGCCCGGCGGCAAGCCCCGCGGCGCGGCGACGGCGGCGCGGGGCUGCCUGCGCUCGCUGUCGCGCUCCAACAGCCUGCCGCACCCCGCCGUGACGGGCGCCGCCAAGAGCCCCGCGGCGCCCGACGGCGCCGGCACCGCCGCCGGCACCGCCGCCGCCCCCUUCAGCAUCGGCAAAUUCGCCACGCUGACGCUGCAGGAGCGCCGGGAACGCGCCGGCGAGAAGGAGCACAAGCGCUACCACAGCUUGGGCAACAUCAGCAAGAGCAGCGAGAAGCUCAACGCCGCCGCUCCCAAGGGCAAGCUGGAUACGGCCAAGGUGCUGGGCACCGCGCUGUGCCCCCGCAUCCACGAGGUGCCACUGCUGGAGCCGCUGGUGUGCAAGAAGAUCGCCCACGAGCGCCUCACCGUCCUCCUCUUCCUCGAGGACUGCAUCAUCACCGCCUGCCAGGAGGGGCUCAUCUGCACCUGGGCCAGGCCGGGCAAAGGCAGCCUGGCCUCGCAGAACGGCGCCUCGCCCAGCGGCACCGUGGUAUAACCGGCCCCGGGGACCGUCGACCCCACCCCUUCCUCCUCCUCCUCCUCCUCCUCCACGCCGGUGCCACCGCGGCGGGUGACUUUCGGGGGGGG